AGUCUACUAUUUGUAGUUUAUUUUUUUAGUUUUUCCCCCGCGAAAAUGAUGCUAUCGGCGUCUCCGACGACUUUAGCGAAAAGUUCGCUCGAAGAAAUGUUAGAGAAUCUCCGGCAGCGAGAUGAGGAGGAGAAGCCUAAAGACUUACCGCCGACUUUACCAUCGCGGCCAACAUCCAAGGCCAGACUUCCCUCGGCCCGCCGGUCCCUUCCGACGAACUUCAAAGUCGUUAUCAGCGGCGAAAACGGAACCGGCGGCGGCUUAAGUGAAGUGGAACGGAUAGAGGAAACUGAAAGAAAUGAAGAGGAUGGUUUUGGGAACAAAAAAUUGAGGAAAGAUGUGAAUAUGGGUUCACCUUAUUAUUUAGUACAACAGAAGAAAGGGGAAGAUAAGGUUUCUGAUGCCAAAGAUGAGGUGAAGGAAAUUGGGAAAGGGAAGACGAACUGGAAGGUGAAUGAUACUAUUGAGUAUUUCACUAAUAAAAAACUUCGUGUUUGGUGCCGGCAACCGAAAGGGGUCUGGGAGCCUGGAGCUAUACAAUCUACAUCAGGAGAGGAAUCAUUUGUCUCUCUUUCUAAUGGAAAUGUUGUAAAAGUAUCAGCCAACGACCUCUUACCUGCAAACCCGGAUAUUUUGGAGGGUGUGAAUGAUCUAAUACAGCUUGUUUAUUUGAAUGAGCCAUCAGUUCUUCACAAUCUUAAGUAUAGAUAUUAUCGCAAUAUGAUAUAUAGUAAAGCAGGUCCAGUUUUGGUUGCAGUCAACCCGUACAAAGACAUCCCAAUUUAUGGAAAAGAUUUUGCCACCAGUUAUAAAGAGAAAGCUACAGACAGCCCUCAUGUUUUUGCUGUAGCAGACACUGCUUAUAAUGAGAUGAUGAAUGGUCGAGUCAAUCAGUCUAUAAUCAUAAGUGGAGAAAGUGGAGCUGGGAAGACUGAGACAGCAAAAUUUACAAUGCAGUACCUAGCUGCCCUAGGAGGUGGCAAUGGCGUGAUAGAGUCUAAAAUCCUUGACACGCAUUUUAUACUUGAAGCAUUUGGUAAUGCAAAGACAUCUAGGAAUGACAAUUCUACCCGAUUUGGCAAAAUUUCUGAAAUUCAUUUUACCGAGCCGGGGAAGAUAUAUGGUGCCGGCAUCCAAACUUUUCUUCUGGAAAAGUCGAGAGUAGUUCAGGUGGCUGCUGGUGAACGGUCUUACCAUAUCUUUUAUCAACUUUGUGCUGGUGCUCCACCUGCUCUAAGGGAAAGAUUGAAUCUUAAAACGGCAAACGAGUACAACUAUCUUAUCCAGAGUGACAACUUGGUGAUCAAUGGUGUUGAUGAUGCUGAGAAGUUCUGUAAGCUUGUGGAAGCCUUGGACGUUGCUCAAAUUUGCAAAGAACAGCAAGAGCAAGCAUUUGCAAUGCUUGCUGCAGUAUUAUGGCUGGGAAAUAUAUCAUUUCAAUUAAUUGACAAUGAACAUUAUGUGGAGGCAGUAGCCAGCGAAGCUUUAACCAGUGCUGCCAUGUUGAUGGGUUGUGCACCUCAUGAGUUGAUGCAAGCUUUAUCUACCCAUAGAAUCCGAGCUGCCGAGGAUAAUAUUGCUAAGAAAUCGACAUUGCAACAGGCAAUUGACACAAGAGAUGCAUUAGCAAAAUUUAUCUAUGCAAGCUUGUUUGACUGGCUCGUGGAGCAAAUCAACAAGUCUCUUGAAGGUGGUAAAAGAUGUGUAGACAGGUCCAUAAGCAUCCUUGAUAUUUAUGGGUUUGAGUCAUUUAAGAAGAAUAGCUUUGAACAGUUUUGUAUAAAUUAUACAAACGAGAGGUUGCAACAACAUUUCAACAGGCACCUAUUUAAGCUUGAGCAAGAGGUGUAUGAGUUGGAUGGGAUCGAUUGGACCAAAGUUGAUUUUGAAGACAACCAAGAGUGCUUGGACUUAUUUGAGAAGAAACCAUUGGGAAUACUUUCUUUGCUGGAUGAGGAAUCAAAUUUCCCCAAUGCAACUGAUUUUACCCUUGCUAGUAAGUUGAAACAACACCUGCAUUCUAAUUCUUACUUCAAAGGAGACAGAGGCAGGGCCUUUGGCAUUCGACAUUUUGCAGGAGAGGUACUGUAUGAUACUAAUGGCUUUCUGGAAAAGAACCGAGAUCCCCUGUACUCGGGGUUGGCCCAGCUUCUAUCAUCUUGUAGUGGCCAAUUGCCACAAACAUUUGCCAAAAAAAUGCUUGAUCAAUCUAUGAAACCUGCAAUUUCAUCAAACGCACCAAAGCAAACUGUUAGCAUGAAGUUCAAGAGCCAACUCUUUGAACUAAUGCACCAGUUGGAGAAUACAACACCUCACUUUAUUCUCUGCAUAAAGCCAAACUGCAAGCAGGUCCCCGACACUUUUGAAGAUGAUCUUGUCCUGAAGCAACUUAGAUAUUGUGGAGUCUUAGAGGUUGUUAAAAUCUCAAGAUCAGGAUAUCCUACUCGAAUUACUCAUCAAGAGUUUGCAGAAAGGUACGGGUUCCUACUGUUGGAGACUAAUGCAUCUCAUGACCCAUUAAGUAUUUCAGUUGCUGUUCUAAAACAAUUUAAUGUCCUCCCUGAUAUAUAUCAAAUUGGCUAUACCAAACUGUUUCUUCGAGCUGGACAGAUUGGUGUAUUGGAGGAUAGGAGAAAACAGGUGUUGCAAGGAGUAAUAGGGGUUCAAAAAUACUUCCGUGGUCACCGAGCUCGUUGCCUUUUCCAUGAGCUCAACAAAGGAGCAGAAAAUAUACAAUCAUUUGUCUGUGGUCAAAGUAUCCGAAGGAAGUAUGCUAUUGAGGCACAUAGGUGCUCAGCAUUUGCUUCUCAGUUACUAGAUGAGCAGUUGACAUCAGUCAUAUAUUUACAAUCUGUAAUCCGUGGGUGGUUGGCCAGGAGAAAUUUCAAUAACAUACAUAAUUCGGAACAGUUGAACUGUGAAAGCGUAAAAUCUAGACGAAAGACUGGUAGGAAGCUUUCUGAGGCAAAGGUAUUCCCCACGGUUGACAUGGAAAUACCACACGAGCAACAGAUUCAAGUCGUACCUUCUGCAAUGGCAGAACUUCAAAGAAGGGUACUCAAGGCAGAAGCAACUUUGGGGCAAAAAGAACAGGAAAACGUCACUUUACGUGAGCAAUUACAACAAUAUGAAGCAAAGUGCUUGGAUUUCGAGGCAAAGAUGAAGUCAAUGGAGGACAUGUGGCAAAAGCAAUUGGCGUCACAACAGACAAGUCUUGCUGCAGCCAGAAAGAGUCUUGCUGCUGAUAGUGCUGCUGGUCAGCUAGGAAGGGCUGGUGUGGUAUCGCCUCGUCAUUAUGAUUCUGAAGAUGUGUCCAUGGGAUCUCGAACUCCUGGUGUGGAUACACCUCUUUGGGGAAGAGAGAAUGAUUCGUCGAAUGCAGUGGGAAAUCUGCUAAAAGAGUUUGAUCAGAAGAAACAAGCUUUUGAUAAUGAUGCAAAAUCUUUGGAUGAAACCAGAACGGCACAGCUAGCUUCUUAUGUGAAUCCCGAAGAUGAGCUUCAAAGAUUGAAACGCAUAUUCGAGACAUGGAAGAGAGAUUUCAAGAUGAGAUUGAAGACAACAAAGGCAAAACUACAUAAGCGUGGGUGUCAAGAAUCAGACAAAACUCGAAGAAAAUGGUGGGAGAAACUUAGUUCAAGAUCGUGAUUGAGUCCCACCUUGAAACGAUCAUCUCGAUUGAUCAGAGAAUUGUUGCCUAAAUUUUCGUCUACAAAUAUAAAUGUCUGUCCUCCAUGGCCGGUGAGGGAGCAUUGUGCUUGUAUAUCUUACCAAUUUUUGUUACUCGUUGGGAGGAAUCAUCGUGUGCAUAGACAAAAUAGGAAUUCGCCGCAUCUGAGACCGCUGUCUUCUUCUAGUAGUUCGGUUUAGUUUAUGUAUAUUCAGUUGUCAGUUAUAUAAGCUUCGACUUUGUAGUUUUCUGUAUACAGAUGAAAUGGUAAUUGUUCAUAUGCUUUCCCC